AUGGCGCGGGAUGCUUUCAGCCAGGGCCCGCAGCCUUCGAACUUGUCUAAGAGGAUGGUCGCGUUGGAGUUUUGGCUUCGAGCUUGGGAUCAGCAAAGCAACGUCACGGGAAGCAGAGGUCCCAGCGUCUUCAUCAAGGUUUGUGAGAAAGCGCUUCAGGAGCCGCAGAGUCAGCUGGAUUUCGCCGCAGAGUCAGAAAUGUGCAAGGAGCUUGAGCUGCAGAAGGAUCCCUCGCGGAAGGCUCCUAUUCAGCAGUUAAACAUUGCAGUCAACACCAACUUGGACGGCACGGCUGGCACACAGAAGCCCAAACUGAUCCGCGAGCUCAGACAUGACCAGGUGGAGAAGCUCGUAGUCAUUCAGGGCAUCUGCACGGCUGUUCGAACUCCGAGGAGCAAGGUCCGAAGGGUGGUCUUGAGGUGCACCAACUGUGAGAAUGUCGAGGAGGUCUAUAUCGAAGGCGGCUUCACAGCUGCCCACAUUCCUGCGGCUUGCAAAAGGAACGCUCUCCGUGCAGGGAAUCUGGAAAGAUGCCCGCCCAACUCCUUCGUGGCUGACGCUUCGCUCAGCGAGUACGCCGCAGAUCAGAGGGUGCGUUUGCAGGAGCUCCCCGAACACGUACCCGUGGGAGAGAUGCCCCGAUCCAUCGAUCUCUGUGCGCAGAUGUACGAUGUGGACUUGUGCACACCUGGAACACGUCUCACUUGCGUCGGUGUCUUCAACGCCUCGGAGAAGGCUGCAGGAGACAAGCUCACCAGGGGCAGGAAUCAGGGCACCAACACGGUGAAGUACUCCUAUGUCCAGGUCUUGGGUUUGCAGCGGGCCCAAGGCAAUCGUUCCCAGGGAGCCUUGGAGAUCAGUGCGGACGAAGAGGAGCGUUUCGAGCAGCUUGCCAAGGAUCCCGGCAUCAGGGAGAAGAUCUUCCAGUCCAUUGCUCCUGCCAUUUGUGCGACUGAGAAGGACGUUGUGAACGAUGUGAAGAGGGCCGUUGCUUGCUUGCUCUUCGGCGGCUCCAGGAAGUUCCUGCCCAGCGGCAAUCGCAUCCGAGGUGACAUCAACGUCUUGCUUCUUGGAGAUCCUGGUACGGCAAAAAGUCAGAUCCUGAAGUUCGGUGAGAAAGCAGCGCCGAUUUCAGUGUACACGAGCGGAAAAGGAAGCAGCGCUGCGGGUCUGACGGCGGCAAUCGUCAAGGAGAAGAACGGUUUUGCUCUUGAAGGUGGAGCUAUGGUUCUAGCCGACGGCGGCAUUGUGUGCAUCGAUGAGUUCGACAAGAUGGAUGCCAAAGAUCGUGUGGCCAUCCACGAGGACGGAGAAUGUUUCUACAUGCAGCAUGUGCAGGGCAGCUGGAACUGCCGAUUCCUUGAGGCCAUGGAGCAGCAAACCAUCUCAAUAUCCAAAGCUGGCAUCACCACGAUGCCGUAG